ACAUUUCUCCGUCGGAGCCCCGUCGUCGGGGUGGUGGUGGUGUGCUGCUUGAAUUUCCACAUAGAUACGGUGUUUUAUCGGUUGUCCAAGGCUCCAAGGCGGUUGUAAGGUGGUUGCAAGCAGACGACGUGUCUGGUGUCUUCAAAAUAAUAUUUGGAAGUGGAAGUGACAUCUCAUAAUCGCAAUGGCUCAGAGAGAAGAAACGCAACUCGAAAUGGAGGACCUGUCACCGCGUGACUGGAAGGCGGUGUUUGACCGGUUCGACCUGGACGGGGACGGCUCUGUCCCCCUGAUCGAGUUCCGGCGCUACCUCUCGGACCCAGGCCUGCGCGGCCGCCUGCCUGACUCAGUGCUGGAUGACAUCCUCGCCAAAGCCGACCGCAACAUCGACGGUGUCAUCAGCUACGAGGAGUUUCUGCAAAUGGUGGAGGGGCAGAACCUGAGCCCCAUCGGUGGCGGUAUGUUCCGCUCGUUCCUUGUGCGCGCCGCUUACAGCGUGGUGCCCAAGUCGCAGCGCACGCGCCGCUACGUAGACCAGUACUCGUGCUGCCCGCCUCCCGUCUUUAUGGUGCUCGUCUCGUUGGUUGAGCUGGUGCUGUUUAUAGUGGACGGGAUCCGACUGGGCGGCGUCACGGCCAGCGGUCCCGUGGAUACCGACUCCGUGCUCAUCUACAACCCGCGCCGCCGCCGCGAGGCCUGGCGCUUCCUCUCCUACAUGUUCGUCCAUGUCGGGUACGUCCACAUCACGACCAACAUGCUGGUGCAGCUGCUGGUGGGCCUGCCGCUGGAGCUGGUGCACCGCUGGUGGCGGAUCGCCAUCGUCUACUUGUGCGGCGUACUGGCUGGAUCGCUGGGAACAUCCGUGUUUGACCCCAAGGUGUUUUUGGCGGGCGCCUCUGGCGGCGUGUACGCCAUCUUGGCGGCUCACCUGGCUGACUUGAUCAUGAACUGGGCCGAGAUGGAGCUGGCCAUCGUGCGACUCCUCUUCCUGAUGGUGCUGGUCGGCACUGACGUGGGUGUGGCCGUGUACGGCCGCUACACGGGCACCGGAAACAACCAGGUGAGCUACACGGCCCACCUGGCCGGAGCGCUGGCCGGCGUGCUAAUCGGUAACGUGGUACUGCGCAAUCUGCGCGUGCACAAAUGGGAGCGUGUCGUCUGGUGGGCCUCGCUGGUCGCCUUCCUGGUGCUCGUGCUGGCCGGAGUAAUCGUGAACGUGGCGGCGCCGGAGGGCUUCUACCCGAAGCAGGAGAUCUAGGGUGCGCGGAGAGGAAGGAUGAGGCGCGUCACGGCAGACGGCAGAGCGUGGGGGUGGUGAAGCGGCGGCAAUGGGGCCACGGCACUGGCAGGGACGAUAUGAUAGAUGGCUGCGGGCAGGGCAUUGUCAGAGCUUGUCGGGGUGGCUAGUGAGCGGCGCCCGGGGGUGCUCGCUGCGCACUCCCUAGGGAUACUUUCAUGUGUUCAACAGUGUCACAAAAUGGUAUCACAUCUAUCCCAGCAUGCCUCAUCUAUUCAAACGCCCGAUAGACACUUGGAGUGCCGGCGAUCGGUGCCUAACUUCUGCCGGCGGUGUCGUGCCUUUUACUCCAUCUCCAUGGCAAGUGCUGCCACGUCCGUCCUCCCGGCCUUGUAUACUGGAUGGUCCACUCACCACUGGAUGGGUUGUAGGCCCAGUGGCGCAGUACCAGCUGUCGUACACACCUGCAGUGGCGAGACGCACCCCACCACCGGACCAUGACUCGCCGCGUGCCCCAGUACAACGUCGUACACAUUGACUGUCCGCGCCGCGUGUGACCAGAAUUAGUGUACGAUUGUGCUUCAGUCGUGUUCUUCGUGUCUGCGUUCUCUGUAUGUGUUCAUUGUUCGACUUUUUUACUGAACAGUCGGCUGUCUGCUGCUUGAUGGGGGUGACUUCCUAUCCUUGCUUUUACAUGAUUAUGGUUUUUAAUUAAAUAUUUUGCUCACAUUUCAGAAAUGAUAUUUUAGAUAAUUUCGCGUUGAUUAGGCUGCGAUAUCAAUAACCACAGACGUAAUUCGGAUAUUUCUGCAGAUAAUACGGAUGAAUGCCAAGCUACCAGACGGGUUUCAAAGUAGCCAAUGAUUGUUUUCCCAGAUAUGGUAGGUUCGCUGCAUAUCUAAAUGUAAAGACACCCGUGUACCUCGUGAGCGUCAUUUUUUAUAUUUGUAGAUCCUGAAGCAUAAUUUUUCCGACUGUUCUGUUUCUGCACCAGUUGUAUUGCGUCGAUUGGGUCACAAAUGCAUCGAUGAUUGUGUGCCUCAGCUGUUACCAAUCGAUUGCGAUUUUCUCUUGCUGUCACUAUUGUGGGGCCUGCAUCGCUAGUUAGUGCACGCUUUGCUCAGGAUAUCGGAGUCUGUGCUCCACUCUUCACUUACUCCACGCGAUAUUGGCUGGUGGAUGCACUCGUGUGUUUAUCCUCAGCUGAGAACAGACUCGGGCUUUAUACGCGCUCCGUCUGUCUUUGUGUGGAGCCAUAGCUCUACUGUUAUCUAUGGUGGAGCAUUUUUGUUUCACACGUCCGUCGUGUGCUUUAUACGUGUUUCCGAAUCAAGACAGUGCGCCAGGGCUUCGAUCAAGGCUUGUGCUGCUUGUCGCGGUGUUGUGAAUUUGUGAUACGAUUUUCUACUCGCCUAUUUAUCGCGUAGUUCGGCGGUGAUUACAGCUAGCACAAUUCACAGUUGUUACCAUUUACACAUUUUCUAUACGGGGUGGCUUCCAUUGGCUCAAUCGCUGAUCAGGUGAAUCGUGGUGUUCUGUGAUUAUCGCUGAAUGUUGCUCCUGUCUGGCCAGAUUAUUUCCUUUUCAUAGAUGUUUCACAAAUGUCGCGUUGCACUGUCUGCAGGACGUGGGGGGGGGGGAAGGGAUUGUUAGCAUAUGCACUGAAUGCUUUGUCAGGGGGUUGGUGACAUGAUAAUGUCUCGUAUCCCGGUACUUUGGUCCAUCUGUGCUGCUUUUGUCGUCUCGUCAUUGGUGUAGGUUUUGUUUCGAGUAUCGAGUACGUCCCGCUUUAUUAUAAUCGGUUCGAUGUCAUGUCGCAUGGCGGCCUGUUGUUUAACGCCGCAUUGUUACAGACGUCAGACUCAUUGUUUUGCCUCUGCUUCCUUUGCUUCACUUAGCUAUACAAGGUGUUGUGCGAAUACGCAUAUAACGUCGUAAGAAAAUUAUGCAUGUCGAUUUCCGUGGUGUCCGCUCUUUCAAAGGACACUAUGAGCUGAAUUUUUGUAUUGUUUUAGAGACCAUCUUGUAUUUAACCGGAUCAGUUGUUUUCUGCUGCCUCCCACAUUAUUCAUACGCACAUAAUGGAAUGGUUCUCUAUUAGUGUGCUGUUUGUUGAAUGGGGCAUAAUUUUCCACCAGGCGAUCGUGUCAAUCACAAUCAAUGCAUGUGGGUGCCGUGGCAUUGUGAUUUGUGGAUCAAAGUUGGGAAAUGGGAUCAUAAUUAUUUGAUUUUUCGAACUUGAAGCUGUAUCAAUAAAAAUAAGUGAACGCC